AUGAACGCGGAAGACCUGGUGAAUGUACCUGAGUGCACGCCCUGGCCAACACGGACGUGUUCUAUUCAUCAGGAAAACAGCACAAGCGGCGCCAAUAUCUAUGCAAGUAUUUGCCGCAAGGAGGAGGGGAAUACACGCACCUGCUACGAGAUCUGGGACGAGGUCUGGAACGAAGGCAAAGCGAUUCCUUCUAGACUUAAAAAGAAGAUCAGAUUCCGCAAACGAAACGAGAGAGAAGAAGACUGA